AUGUUUGCGCGGAGCGCAGGAAGGCGUAUCCUGCGAAAUUGCAGCUGCACCACACGUCGGACUGCGAUUACCCCUACAUUUCGAGCAACAACACGACGGAGAUUCACCUCGUCUACGAUUCCAGCCCAAGAUGGAGCACUCGCCCCUGCUACGCACCCUCUCGCCGGGGUCGCUUCCCAGCUCGACCAGGUAGCACCUCGAUUUGAAAUCGAUCCCUCGGAGAUCGAGAUUCUUGAUUCUCCUACCGCCUUCUACGAGACUCUCAAGGCCAAAAUCAAGGGAGCUAAACACCGAAUUUUCCUGUCUACACUAUACAUUGGCAAGACCGAGCACGAAUUAAUUGGUGCACUGAGGGAAGCGCUGGAAAACAAUCCUAAGCUCGAAUUGUCGAUAUUGACGGAUGCGCUCCGAGGCACAAGGGAGGAUCCUGAUCCAUCAUGCGCGACACUGCUCGCUCCAUUGAUUAGCCAAUUCGGUGACAGAGUCAAGAUCUCUAUGUUCCAUACACCCAACCUCAACGGGUGGAAGAAAAAGUAUAUGCCUAAACGCAUCAAUGAGGGAUGGGGUUUGCAACAUAUGAAGCUUUAUGGAUUCGAUGACGAGAUCAUACUAUCAGGCGCAAACUUGUCAGAUGACUAUUUCACAAAUCGCCUCGACCGUUAUCACCUCUUUUCCUCGAAGCAGCUUACAGAAUUCUAUUCAGCUGUCCAUAAUGCGGUCUGUGACCUUUCGUAUCAAGUGACGCCCUCAGAUGCCCGACCUGGGGGCUUUGAAUUGAUCAGUCCUCAUAACCGUGGACUUCCUGAUCCGCUGUGGCAUACCAAAGAAUAUAAAGCAUAUGCGAAGCGGACACUCGAACCCCUGAUCCACAAGAAAGCGCGACAGAAAAUGUUUCCAGUACCAUUUACGCAAGAGAAGACUUUUGUCUACCCACUAGGACAAUUUGACAUCCUCCUCGGCCAACCGAAGAACAUUGCAUUCCUCGACUAUGAAUUUUCGCAGUAUACCUCGACGGAGAAGCCUGCACUGACUCGACUUCUUACCAAUCUUGCAGAGGAUCCGCGGUUGCACCAAUCAUCAUGGACCUUUACAGCAGGCUACUUCAAUAUCGAUCCUGACAUUUGCGAACUCUUGGUUGCAUCCUCGCCGGAAAAAGGAGUUCUGGCACCUGCGAAAAAGGCAUUUGAUAAGGCUUGCACAGUGAUCACAGCAUCACCAUGGGCCAACGGAUUCUACGGUAGUAAGGGAGUAAGUGGGAUGCUCCCAGCUGCAUACACUCUGCUCUCGCGGAGGUUUCUGCGAGAAGUCGCCAAAGUAGGGAGGGAAGAUGUGAUUCAGCUCAAAGAAUGGCGCAAAGGUACCGUGGGCGAGCCGGGCGGCAUGACAUACCAUGCUAAAGGGCUCUGGGUGACCUUGCCUUCGCAGUCAGCCCCAGAUGGCACAGUAACUGAGGAGGCUGGUCCCAGUAUCACAGUGGUUGGAAGCAGCAACUAUACUAAACGCAGUUAUAGUCUGGAUUUGGAAGUUGGUGCCAUGAUCGUGACUGCCGACCAAGGCUUGAAACUGCGACUCAAGAAGGAGACAGAGAACCUGCAGGCUAAUGCGACAGUCGUCACUCAGGACGAUCUGGCGAAAGUUGAUCGCAGAGUUGGUCUAAGGGUGCGGCUUGCACUCUGGCUUGUCGAGGCAUUGGGGGGUGCGCUCUGA